AAGAGCGCGCGCACACGAGCACGCCCAUUAACGUGCUUCAUUCACGUUGGGAAGUAGUCUGCAGCGCUGUCUGUACAUGACUGGCUCGAGAAAGAGUUGUUGCUUUGUUUGUUAGACUGCGAAAUCAACAAUGUCACGAAAGAAGUGUGUUUUUUGUUGUAAGGGAAAGACAGCCUUGUUCAGCUUCCCAAAGAAUCCAGCGUUAAGGGAGCAGUGGAUGCAGUUUGUUUUCCCGGGGCAGCAACGGAGCUGUGGAAGUGUGUUUGUUUGUUCCCGGCAUUUCGGUGAUGAAUGUUUUACAAACAAGGCCCAGUUCGACGCUGGAUUUGCUGAUCGUUUAAAACUAAAAGAUGGAGCGGUCCCAGCGAUAAAAGAUCCCGGUCAUGGGUCGGAACCGCAGGCGAUGUUGACCAUGGAAGCGCAGAUGGAUGUGAUCUGCUGUAAAUCAGUAGGAACUGAUCUGUCCAUGCUGGAUAUUGAGGAUUUCAUCAGUGAAAUCUGUCAGCUGAAGAAAGAGGUGGCGUCACUGGAGGCAAAGCUGAGAGAAAGAGGAGACAAACCCAACAGAGAGGAUUCGCCCUGGAGUGUCAGAAAUCAGAGAUCCAGAGACACACAGGAGUCAGAGCUCAGCCUCACUUUACUGUGUUACACUGACGCUCCGGAUCAUGGAUCCGCUGAUCAAAACUUUGACUGUAACAGCAGAGGAAACAAAACCACAGCAGAGGAACAAGAACAGAGCCAUGAGGAGGAGAAGGAUGAAGGAAAUAAUGAGGAUGAUGGGAAUGAUGACAAGGAGGAAGAUGGGAAUGAUGAUAAGGAGGAGUUUAUUCCUGCAGAUGACAACAGUGGUUCAUCUUCUGAUGGAGAUGAAAAAACAGUCUCAACAUCAAAAGAUCAGCUGAAGGUCAAGACAUUUUCCUGCUCCACCUGUGGGAAAACAUUGAGUUCAGAGGGAUAUUUAGCGAGACAUGAGAGAAAACACAUAGAAGAGAGAGACUUCACCUGCAUGAUAUGCGACAUCAGCUUUCCUACCUUAGAAGAGAGGAGACUUCAUACAAAAGAGCACAACGUUAAGAAGGAGUUUUGCUGCGAAAAGUGUGGGAAGGUGUUUUUCAUCACUCUUUAUAAUAUGAAAGCUCACAUGAAGAGACACACAAAGCCUUUCCGCUGCAGCGUGUGCAACAAGUAUUUCAGCACCAAACAUCAUCUUGUUGUUCACAAGCGAACCCACACGGGCGAAAGGCCGUACAAAUGCCCUCAGUGCGAGAGAAGAUUCACGUACUCAGUCUCUCUGAAGGCCCAUGUGCGUGUUCACACCAAUGAGAGGCCGUAUCAGUGCAGUGAAUGUGGGAAAACCUUUACAAACUCAACUUCUCUGAAGUCACACCAAAAAAUACAUUCUGAAGAGAAACCGUAUAAGUGUUCACACUGUGAUAAACGAUUCCGUAAAAAAUCUUAUUUGAUUUAUCAUGAGAGGAUUCACACCGGAGAGAAACCGUUCCUGUGCUCCUACUGCGGGAAGAGCUUUUUUAGUCCGGGUGAAUUUGGAUAUCAUCAGAGAGUUCACACUGGAGAAAGACCGUAUCACUGCAGCGUUUGUGGGAAGAGUUUCAGUAAACAUGGUGCCUUAAAAAAGCACCAGAGGAUUCAUACAGGAGAGAAACCUUACCACUGCUCCAUCUGUGGCGAGAGAUUCGCUUAUUUAGGUAGUUUUCAGACCCACCAGAAGAAACACGCUAAAAAACAAACUGCUCCAGAAUCAUCAUAGUGUCUUUUAGUGCCUUGGUUGGCACCCUCUGUGCCCUAAUGUACAUAAGUUUGUUUAUAUUAUGUAUAUUACAUUGUGUGUUGUUCAAUAAAACCAUAUGCUUUUGAUAA